AUGAAUUGUAUCAAUAGUCGUCAAAUCUGGGACGAAAAUGUGGCAGUGAUUCAUCAACAUAAUCUUGAAUUCGAUAUUGGUCUCCAUAGUUAUACACUUGCAAUGAAUCAAUUUGGUGAUAUGACAAAUGAAGAAUUUCGAAAACAAAUGAAUGGAUUUAAAAUGAUUUCAGAGAACGAAACAAAACAAAUAAAUUAUCAAACAUUUUCAAGACCCGCAAAUCUUAUUUUACCAGAUAGUGUUGAUUGGCGUACGAAAGGUUAUGUAACAUAUGUGAAAGAUCAAGGUCAAUGUGGUUCAUGUUGGGCUUUCUCAACAACUGGUGCACUGGAAGGACAACAUUUUGCAAAAACAUCACAACUUGUUUCGCUUUCUGAACAAAAUUUAGUUGAUUGUUCACUGCUGAAUUUUGGAUGUAAUGGUGGUAAUCAAGAUCUUGCCUUUGAUCAUAUUAAGCUUCAUCAUGGAAUUGAUACUGAAGAGACUUAUCCAUAUAUGGCUGAACGUCAAUUAUGUCAGUUUAAUAGAAAAAAUAUUGGUGCUACACUAACGGGUUAUACUCGAAUACAAAAGCACAAUGAAAUGGAUCUCCAAGCUGCGAUUGCUACAGUUGGUCCAAUAGCAGUCUCGAUCGAUGCUUCACAAGGUUCAUUUCAAUUUUAUUCGAGUGGAGUCUAUGAUGAACCUAAUUGCUCAACAAAAAGACUCGAUCAUGCCGUUUUAGCGGCCGGAUAUGGAACAUUGAAUUCCAAAGAUUAUUAUAUUGUUAAAAAUUCGUGGGGUGUCGAUUGGGGAAUUAAAGGUUACAUACUAAUGAGUCGAAAUAAACAAAAUCAGUGUGGAAUUGCUACAUCAGCUCUUUAUCCAAUUGUUUAA